GGAGCAGCUGGGCAGAAGGAGCUGCCUGAAUCCUCACCCCCCAGCCUGCACGGAGGCAAACCCAACCGCCAAACCCCUGAGCAGCGGCGGUUGACUCCCCUCCAGGGCCCCUCAGGGCGCAGCAGCGGGGACGCGGGGGCGGAGCUGGAGCCCCGCGGUGCCGCCCCCCCCGCAGGCACCUCCUCCGGAUCCCGGGCGCCUCUCCGGGCCCCACGUGGUGCGGGAUCGGCGGCUAUGGCGCAGCAGGGAACCCUCCUUCACCUGCUCGCCGGAGGAUGUGGUGGCACAGCUGGAGCCAUCCUGACCUGUCCCUUGGAAGUGGUGAAGACACGUCUACAGUCAUCCCAAUUGACACUGCGGCCUCUGUGCCUCUCAGAGAUACAGAUGCCAGGAAUGAGUGUGAAGCUGAUGAACUCUACCCCACCAUCUCCUGGAGUGCUCAGGUUACUGAGGGACAUCCUUGAGAAGGAAGGCAUGCGAUCCCUGUUCCGAGGUCUGGGGCCAAACCUUGUUGGGGUUGCUCCUUCCCGUGCUAUAUAUUUUGCUACCUAUUCUGGUGUUAAGGAAAGACUCAAUGCUGUCCUUCUGCCGGAGUCUAAGAAAGUACACAUGUUGUCAGCAGCAUGUGCAGGCGUUACCUGUGCCACACUCACCAACCCUAUCUGGUUAGUGAAAACCAGGAUGCAGCUGGAAGCCAGGGUGAAGGGGGAGAUGGCCAACAAUGCUCUCCAAUGUGCUCUGUGUGUGUACCGCACUGAAGGCCUUCGUGGAUUUUACCGCGGUGUCACUGCCUCCUAUGCUGGAGUGUCAGAGACCAUCAUACACUUUGUCAUCUAUGAAGCACUGAAAAAGCAACUGAGAAAUGGCCAUCAUUCCCUUUCCUCUCCACUCACACUUUCACCAAACAGCUAUGAUUUCUUUGGAUUAAUGGGAGCUGCUGCUGUCUCCAAAACAUGUGCUUCAUGCAUCGCGUAUCCACAUGAGGUCAUUCGCACACGGUUGCGAGAAGAAGGGUCACGAUAUCGUUCCUUUGUACAGACUCUGCAGCUUGUGGUCCAUGAAGAGGGACCUUUGGCUUUAUACCGAGGGCUCCUGGCUCACUUGAUCCGUCAGAUUCCAAACGCAGCUAUCAUGAUGGCUACCUAUGAACUCAUCGUACAUUUGGCCUCUUCCACCUUGUAAGCACACUGUAGCACCUGGCUGAGACUGCUGUAGAGAUACAGGGACCUUGUGGUCCUGAGACUUGGUCUUUUUCCAUGCUCUGAGAGGUGGUGCUUUGCAUCUCAUAUCAGAACUGAUGAUACUCAUAUCAGGUCAAGCAUGGCAUUCUUGGAACAUAAGACUAUUUUGUGCAAGGUUCUUGGCUCCAGCGUGCACGAUGUAGCCUUUCUUCUUUCUGGAGACUUGUAUUAUCCUAGUGCUUCAAGAUACCAGGGCACUGGUUUGACAGUGCCUGCUGUAAGGUGCCUGUACAAAACAAAGGCAUGGAACUUGCAGGGAAGGAGACAAAGAAGAAAGCAUAAGAGUAUCUCAGCCUCAGCAUAUUAAUUUCUCUGGGACCCAGUAACAACCAUGAUGUGUACACAGUUGGACAAGAAGACAGGCCACAGAGCUGAGACUGAGAGAACUGCAGCAAGCAGAGAUCUUGUGCUGACAUGUACCCUCGGAGGGCAGUCUCACCUGCUGUGCUACCUUUCUGCCUCUAAGGAGGUUUUCAACCUUGGCUGCUAGCAAAUGUCCUGUUGCAGAAUCUUCCUUUGGGUCCUUAACAUGUUGCAGCCAUUGUCUUGGGGUUGUCAGAUGCCUGACACCUCCCUCUUCUUCUUGCAGGGUCUGAAUAAUCAGACUAAAUAGAUCACGAGAAGAAGCACGACCUCCUACGAAGCAUUACCCUGACAACUCGUGCGACCAGGCUCGCAGCCAUGUUUUGCCAGUAUCUGUUGUUGUUUACAUCCCCUCCAUUCCCAACAGAAAGAGGAUACCUCCUUCCCUCAGAAAUGCUGGGCUGUUCUGGUACAAAUUGGAACUCCUGGUGUGAAAAAUACUCUUCUAUGCUAGUAAGGAAAGUGGAGCAGGUGAAAAGGUGGAUGAAGCUGAGGACUUGGCCUGUUUCUAUUGAUAAUACACAAAGAAUCUGUCACAUUUGCCUGUGACAGGGUGUCUUAUGUCUCUGUGGGUUUCUAGCCCUGUGUCCUGAGGGAGGCUUUGUAUUUCGACUGUCAAAAAGGUGGGAGGCAAGGUCAAGGGUGAUGUGUUUUUCUUGUUCCAACACAUAUGCUAAAAU